AUGCAGACAGCUCUCAGCUCAUUCUACGCAGGCUGCAUGGCCGUGUCUCCAUUUGCGGCUGUAGAGAACGUGAUUCGUGUAGAGGCUGAACGGAUCGUCUUCGGUAAGCUCAGCGUCGCACAAAAGCCGGCAUUGAAAAUCGUGCCUGUCGCGUUCGGAAAGGCGGCGAUACCCAUGGCUGCUGCUGCAGUGAAAAGGCUGGGCGGACUGGUGGAAGAGGGGAUUGUGAUCACACCGAGGAAAACAUUGGCGAGCGGCGGAUCUGCACUAUUCUGCGCUCCAGACAGCGUGUCACUUCCUGAAAAGCUAGACGCUAUCAAGGUGUUAACUUCCCAUGGCGCUACAAUUCAAGAUCUCAACAUUGUCCGGCAAAAAUUGUCACUGGUGAAGGGUGGGAAAACGCUGUCUCUGAUUGCCCAAGCGCAGAGCAUUUCGUUAAUCAUCUCGGAUAUCAUCGGAGAUCCUGUCAAUCUGAUAGCUUCUGGGCCUACGAUACCUGCGCAAACACUCAAAUAUUCUGCUGAAGAUAUUGCACGACGCUUGAAUGUUGAAAAUCAGUUACCGCCGAAUGUCUAUGCGAAGAUCAGAUCUUGGGAUCUGCAGCCGCCAAUACCCACAUCCACCUAUCACGAAAUCAUUGCCAGCAAUUCUAUCGCACUAGCGAAGAUCGAGCAAUACCUGAAAACUACGUAUUCAACCUUAAUCGUAACCGAUUCACUAUGCGGCAACGCGACGGAAGUUGGGAAGCAAUUAGCCGAGCUUGCAAUCGCCCCAAACUACACGCAACUGCUGAAUAAAAUCAAAGAAUAUUUUCCACAGACCGAAUUAGCGGCUUUUUCAAAGUCCAAGAAAGUGGCACUGAUCUUCGGCGGUGAGACGACCGUACAAAUCAGAGGGACAGGUAAAGGCGGAAGAAAUCAAGAAAUGGCCUUAUCUUCGCUCCUUCGUUGCAAAGAGAUCAAAGACGCGAAAAGCAGCAAAGAACAUAAAUUCACUGUAUUCUGCUGUGGAACAGACGGGCAGGACGGGCCAAACGAUGCUGCCGGCGCCUAUUUCGACCAAAAUGCUUUGCUUGGUGUCGAUGUUGAUGUCGCCGCAAGUUACCUGCUGAAUUCCGAUUCCUAUAAUUUCUGGUUUUUCUCGUUUAUCAACAAGUUAAUCUACGUCGUAGAAUCGUUGCUCGAAAAGCGGAGUUUUGGGUUGGCACGAAUUUCGCGCGAUGUGGCAGGCGGUGAUUACUGGAUUGGCAACUACAGGGUCAACGAUUCGGCUAUGUAUAACAAGGAACGAUUUGAAGGCGAUAUUAUUAACAGCGGUUUAACGGGGCGAACGGUCAACUCAUUUAUGGGAGCGAGAAUGCCGGGUGUCAUGCGAAAUGCCGUUCGCCAGACGUAUCUCAAGUGGACAGACGGCCGAAUUCCCUACACAAUCAGCUCCCAGUACUCAUCGUUCAGUCGCUCCAAAAUUGCCGAAGCUAUCGAAGAAUACCGAAAGUUGACGUGCAUCGAUUUUGCGCCCAAAUCGGCAGCUGAUCAAGACUAUAUUCAUAUCGUACCAGAUGACGGGUGCUAUUCGUUAGUUGGAAGGAUUGGUGGAAAACAACCGGUCAGCUUGGGAGACGGCUGUAUCCAGAAGGGAAUUAUUAUCCACGAGCUUAUGCACGCCGUCGGGUUUUUCCACGAGCAAAGCCGUGCCGACCGCGAUGAUUAUGUGACGAUCAACUGGAGUAAUGUGGAAUCCGGGCUUCAAGAUCAAUUUGACAAAUAUUCGCUGAAUAUGAUCGAUCAUCUGGGCACUAAAUAUGAUUAUGGUAGUGUAAUGCACUACGCGCCGACUGCAUUCAGCAAGAACGGAAAGCCCACCAUCGAGCCCAAAGAUGCGAAAAUCGAGAUUGGACAGCGUAUCGGAUUCUCGGAAAUCGAUGUCUACAAGAUCAACAAACUCUACGACUGCCCCCAAUUGGCCACAACAACCGAAGCUACAAUGACUUCAACGAAUCGAAUGCGCACGAGGAAGCCUCAAGCUCCAAUGGCGAAAGGUGCUUGGCUAGGUGGGAUCGGCGGUAUGUCUGGAGGCCCCAGCGAGCCCCUCCCUGUUAUUGGAACGAAACCGUCAAUAAUUCCGAGGAAACCGGAAGAAACUGGAUGCAGGGAUAGGAGGCGUGACUGCGAGUACUUGGCGGCAGCUGGACAUUGCGAGAAUAGGCUAUCGAUUCGGUUCAUGACUGAGAAUUGUCAGAAGAGCUGUGGGAAAUGCCCAAAGGAAGAAGCGAGCAGCAAUGAAACGGAUGUGGCGAAGAGUUCGGAAAGUUGCUCGGAUUCGCGAUCAUGGUGCUCUCGUUGGGCAGGCUCUGGCAUGUGCCAACAACCCAUAUUUGAAGACUACAUGCGCAGCAAGUGCCGGAAGAGCUGCAACUUAUGC